CCCUGUCUGGCGUCUAGAAGCAAGGUGCACGAUUUUUUUCCAGGCAUCCCCGUUUCUCGGGGCUUCUCUUCUCCACCAGGAGUGUUGUAUCUCUUAGCUUUCUGAAAAGGAGAGUGGCUGGCGCAGUCUCCCCCCGGAGGAGUGGAAAUAUUUGGAGCGCUUCCCCCAGGGCCCUUCUCUCCACAGCAUCUUCCCUUCCGACCGCUGUACUCCAGGGAUAUCCCUUAACACCCGUUAAAGGAGCCAUGGCUUGUCUAGACCACUCUCUGGGUAUCUCAGCACGAUCACAUCAGCCGUCAACUGCUUCUCCAGACCCGGAGGAGGCUCCUAGUUUAGUCAAUAUUCUUGGCAAUCCUGUGCUUCCUCUUGGCUGACGAAAGAAGGACUACUGGAAAGCUGCAACGCAGGACGCCCAUCCAGAUGUCUCCCAUCCAGAUGUCUCCCCGGUGGCGGUGGCGAGGAAAAGGAAGACUUGAGAGCCUGUCCCCUCCCGGGACACUCAAUUCCGGACCUCGGUGACGCCAGCCUCCUGCAAUCUGCGGGUGGUGAUGGAUGGGAGAGUGGUAGGACCACAGAGGACAAGAGCAGGCGUGAGGCCCCAGGGUGGAGGCUGGGAUGGGGGCGUCGCUCCUGGAGCGGGGUCCCACGAGGCGAAGGGAGGCGCGCACCGCAUACGUGCAGCGCGUGGCGGACCGCCCGGGCCUUGCCGGAGGCUCCAGUGGCUCGGAGCCAGGCUCAGGCGGGCCCGGGGGGCGGGAGGUGGGGACGUGGCGGAGGAUCAAGCGGGCGGAGCCUCCGCCGAGGGAGGAGCGGAGAGCGCAGGGGCGAAGCCUCGGGAGGUUCUGGAAACGCCGGCUGCCGAGCGUGUCCAGUAGUUUCAGAGUCCGGUGGCGAUUGGCUGCCUGAUUGAACAAACAGGGCUUUCUGAGUGGCUGGAGACUUCAAGGACAGAGGCUGGCAGAGGAGACUCAGAAAGUUCAGGUCCACAGCAGCAGCAAGACACUGCCCUUUCCAGUCAUGAAGUUCCAGGUAUUUGUGUUCCUGAUGUCCUGGUUUGGUGCCCAGAGCUGGGUGCAGGCAGAAUUCUUCACGUCUAUUGGGCACAUGACUGACCUGAUCUAUGCAGAGAAGGACCUCGUACAGUCCCUGAAGGAGUAUAUCCUUGUGGAGGAAGCCAAGCUGUCCAAGAUUAAGAGCUGGGCGAGCAAGAUGGAAGCCCUGACCAGCAAGUCAGCUGCCGACCCCGAGGGUUACCUGGCUCAUCCUGUGAAUGCCUAUAAGCUGGUGAAGCGGUUGAACACAGACUGGCCUGCAUUGGGGGAUCUGGUCCUGCAGGACUCAGCUGCAGGUUUUGUCGCCAACCUCUCGGUGCAGAGGCAAUUCUUCCCCACCGAUGAGGACGAGUCUGGAGCUGCCAGAGCCCUGAUGAGACUUCAGGACACAUACAAACUGGACCCGGACACAAUCUCCAGAGGGGAACUUCCUGGAACAAAGUACCAGGCCACACUGAGCGUGGAUGACUGCUUUGGCAUGGGCCGCACAGCUUACAAUGAGGGAGACUAUUAUCACACCGUGCUGUGGAUGGAGCAGGUGCUGAAGCAGCUUGAUGCUGGGGAGGAGGCCACCAUAACCAAGUCCCUGGUGCUGGACUACCUGAGCUAUGCCGUCUUCCAGCUGGGUGACCUGCACCGUGCUGUGGAGCUCACCCGCCGCUUGCUCUCUCUUGACCCAAGCCAUGAACGAGCUGGAGGGAAUCUGCGGUACUUUGAGCGGUUGCUAGAGGAAGAAAGAGCAAAACCGUUGUCAAAUCAGACGGAAGCUGGACUAGCAACCCAGGAGAACUUCUACGAGAGGCCUGCAGACUACCUGCCCGAGAGGGAUGUGUACGAGAGCCUGUGUCGUGGGGAGGGCAUCAAACUGACGCCCCGGAGGCAGAAGAAGCUUUUCUGUAGGUACCAUCACGGCAACAGGGUGCCACAGCUCCUCAUCGCCCCCUUCAAAGAGGAAGAUGAGUGGGACAGCCCGCACAUCGUCAGGUACUACGAUGUGAUGUCGGACGAAGAGAUCGCGAGGAUCAAGGAGAUCGCAAAGCCCAAACUCGCCCGAGCCACUGUUCGUGAUCCCAAGACAGGCGUCCUCACUGUCGCCAGCUACAGGGUUUCCAAAAGCUCCUGGCUAGAGGAGGCCGAUGACCCUGUCGUGGCCCGAGUCAACCGUAGGAUGCAACAUAUCACAGGCUUGACAGUGGAGACGGCAGAGCUGUUGCAGGUUGCAAACUACGGAAUGGGAGGACAGUACGAACCACACUUUGAUUUCUCUAGGCGACCCUUUGACAGCGGCCUCAAAACGGAGGGAAAUAGGUUAGCGACGUUUCUUAACUAUAGCGAUGAGCGCGAUGCUUUCAAGCGUUUAGGGACUGGGAACCGUGUGGCCACAUUUCUAAACUACAUGAGUGAUGUCCAGGCUGGUGGCGCCACCGUCUUCCCUGACUUGGGAGCUGCAAUUUGGCCCAAGAAGGGCACAGCUGUAUUCUGGUACAACCUCCUUCGGAGCGGGGAAGGCGACUAUCGGACAAGACACGCGGCCUGCCCUGUGCUCGUGGGCUGCAAGUGGGUCUCCAAUAAAUGGUUCCAUGAGCGAGGACAGGAGUUCUUGAGGCCUUGUGGAACAACGGAAGUUGAUUGACGUCCUUUUCUGCUCCACCCCUCCGUGGCCCCACAGACCGAGUCAUCCUCAAGUUCAGCGUGACGGAUUCCUUUGUAUGUCCCAGCUCCUAUCAGGCAGGUCAUUGGAGGAGCCAGUGCUUGUCUGAAUUUGAGAGUGUGUGUCCUGGGCUGAGUCCUGGGUGACCUGAGCCCCAGAGUAUGGCCGGCCUACGCCUGCCCUGGCUCCGAGGGUAGCAUUGGCGUGGCUGCAGCAGAGCCUGACUGUAGCACCUAGCACGGUGCCUGCGUACCUCAGAUGUUUCAGGUGGAAGAUGUUUCAGUGAAACCAAAGUUCUGACGCUGUUUACAUGUUUGUUUUUAUGACAUUUCUAUUUGUUGUGGCUUUAACCAAAAAAAUAAAAUAAAAUGUCCUGCCAGAAGC